CAUUUCUGAAUUGUUCAUUUCGGAAGAGUUCUGAAUCUUGAUCCGUGGCAAUGGCGGUCGUAAGCCGAGCUUCCAGCCGAAUCCCUCAUCUGCUUGCCGCUCGGGGAGCUCUCUCUUCUCUUCAUACCACAGCCCCCGCUCUGUCUUCUGCCUCGACCGCCUCUCCGGCGCCCUAUGCGAAGCCGCCGCCGCCUUCGGCUUCGUCCCCCACGGGGCUUCCGAAGGCAGCGGAGUUUGUGAUCUCCAAGGUCGACGACCUCAUGAACUGGGCUCGCCGUGGCUCUAUCUGGCCCAUGACGUUUGGCCUUGCUUGCUGCGCCGUCGAAAUGAUGCACACCGGUGCUGCCCGCUAUGACCUUGAUCGGUUCGGAGUUAUCUUCCGUCCCAGCCCUAGGCAAUCUGAUUGUAUGAUUGUGGCCGGCACCCUCACUAACAAGAUGGCCCCAGCUCUUCGCAAGGUUUAUGACCAAAUGCCAGAACCGCGGUGGGUUAUAUCCAUGGGAAGCUGCGCAAAUGGUGGUGGAUACUAUCACUACUCGUACUCCGUCGUUCGGGGUUGUGAUCGGAUAGUCCCUGUUGAUAUCUACGUGCCUGGUUGCCCUCCUACUGCUGAGGCAUUGCUUUACGGAAUUCUUCAGCUGCAGAAGAAGAUCAACAGACGCAAGGAUUUCCUCCAUUGGUGGACCAAGUGAGAGCAUCCAUCGAAGUCGCGGUAUUGGAAUUGGUGGAUGCUUUGAACUAUAAUAAGACGAGAUGUAAUACGAGGUUGUGGUAAUGUAAUAGAAAAUUAUGAGUGUUGUUGCAAUAAGAAUGCAUAACUCCCUUGAUGUUCCUUUUUAUCAGUUUUAUCUCCUCUUUGGUAUCUGGAGCCUGUAAAUGGCAAAGAAUUGUGUUUCUUCAACUUUGGAGUUUACUCAGACUUACCGAAUUUUUUGAGUAAAUUUGAGAAAUUUAAGAAUAUCAAUUUCCUACUUUCCAAA